UUCUAACAUUAAAAAUAAUAAACCAAGUUUGCAUGUGUAGAUUUUUAGAAGAGUAUAGAUUCGUUUUAUGAUAAAUUAUAUUUAAAAAUGGCGAAAGUUAAACCGUUAACGAAACAGAAACGACAAACUAUCAGCAAAUCUGCGUCGAGUACUAAUCCAGAUCGUGUGAAAGAUGGUGGGAAAGGAGGUCAUAACAUGCGAAGUCAAGCCACCAUUAAACGGCUUAAUAUGUACAAGGGAGGGAAACCUAUCAGGAACCGUAAAGGUCAAGUUGUGAAAGCCGCAGCUUUUCAAGCGGAACUUGCAUCGGGAACAAGAGCGAGAGUUGAACCAAAUAGAAGGUGGUUUGGAAACACACGAGUUAUUUCUCAAAACAGUCUCCAGAAAUUUCAAUCAGAAAUCGGGAAAGUGAUGAAGGAUCCUUACCAGAUAAUUUUAAAACCAAGCAAACUGCCGAUGUCAUUGUUACAUGACAGAGCAAAGAACGCACGAGUUCAUAUUCUUGACACUCAAAGUUUUGAAACAACUUUUGGUAAAAAAUCGACUCGAAAACGACCGAAUAUUACCGUUAGUGAUGUCACAGAAAUGAGCAAACAGAUUUGUGAAACAACCGAAUCAUAUGACCCCGUGAAAGAUAAUGACCUCGUGAGAGAAUGGGACGGUACUCAUGAUAUUGCGUUGGCUCAUUUCUUCAAUGCUGGACAAUCAAGGAGAAUUUGGAACGAGCUGUAUAAAGUUCUCGAUUGUUCCGACGUCGUGAUUCAAGUUCUUGACGCACGAGACCCGAUGGGUACUCGCUGCCCUCGUGUGGAGAAGUAUUUAGCGAAGGAGAAACCGCAUAAACACCUUAUAUUUGCGCUUAACAAAGUUGACCUCGUACCAACGUGGAUAACAAAAGCUUGGGUUGCCCACUUAUCCAAGGAACGACCAACCCUUGCCUUCCACGCAUCAAUCACAAACCCAUUCGGGAAAGGAGCUUUGAUUAAUCUAUUGAGGCAAUUCGGGAAGCUGCACAGCGAUAAAAAAACCAUAAGUUGUGGAUUCAUUGGUUACCCAAAUGUUGGGAAAAGUUCGAUUAUCAAUACUUUGAGGAAAAAGAAAGUUUGUAAAGUUGCUCCAUUGGCCGGGGAGACUAAGGUAUGGCAAUACAUCACGUUAAUGAAACGUAUCUUCCUCGUCGAUUGCCCGGGGAUUGUUCAUCCAACAGGAGAUACUGAAACAGAGAUUAUUCUAAAAGGAGUUGUGCGAGUGGAGUACGUAAGCGACGCUGAUCAACACAUUGGAGAAAUAUUAAGGAGGGUUAAGCGUGAAUAUUUAUCCAAACAAUAUUUGAUUACGGAAUGGGAAGACAGCGAGGAUUUCUUGGAACAAGUUGCCAAGAGGACGGGGAAGUUGCUCAAGGGAGGGGUUCCUGAUUUGAAAACCGUUGCUAAGAUGAUUUUAAACGACUGGCAGCGAGGGAAGAUACCUUACUUUGUACGACCACCAGGGUUUAAUGAGGCGGCGAAGGUCCAGGAUUCAGAGCAAAAAACAUUGGUAACUACUCAGGGAAUUCCCCCAGUGGAAACCACCCAAGAUGAGGGAAACCCCCCCACCGACCCCUCGAAACCCCCCAACGCGAUCGAGAUUGAGAAACAACUUGAACCGAUCGAACAGAACCUCGCUGAGGUGAAGAUGGGGUUGGAGUUUGUGGAGGAUGAUGAUCCCAAUGUGGAGCCAAAAUCUGAUGUUCAAACUUCUGUAUCAGAACCCAUUGAUGCCAUUGAUGAUGUCACAAUAGAUGACAAUGCCCAUAAUGAUGUAUCAGAUACAGAGCGUAUGAAAGAAGAGAGAAUGGUGAAAAGAAAGGAAAUGGAAUUGAAGAUCAAAAAAAUGAAAAGGUUUCUCUCGGGCGAUAUGAAACGUAGGAUUGAAACUUUAAUGAAGACGACAGAAACGAGGGAGAAGGAAGCGGGGUCGAUUCAUCAAGUUCAACCUUCCGUUAAAAAGAAGAGGGGUGGGAAGAAAGGUGGGGGUUAAAUAUGGCGGGGUGGAUAUUU